AUGGAUGAUAUACUAAAGACUUUUCGCUCUUUAUACAACUCCUAUUUCACUACUCCUUGCGAUCGAGUCUUUGAAAAGCCCAAGGAUUUGAGUAAAUGUCGAAUUCCUAUUCAAAAUCUAAUUGACCGUUUCAUUCACUAUAUAAACAACGCAUCCCUGAGAGAGGAAAGGAAUAAUAAAAUCGGCUCUCGAUUAAAAUCUAUUGGAAGCUGGAUGAAAUCUACAUCAUUUGAUUUGGCGCCAUUCGAGCCACUAGCCACUUUGAUUCUGAAUCACGCAACUGAUCGCGAGGUUUGGUGUUCCCUCAACCAUCUGAUUGAAACGCUCGAGAUUAUCAUUGUCACAGCUUCAUUUAAAAAUGCUUGGUCAACCACAUAG